AGAGGCAACAUCCGUUUAGCACUGCCAAUUCAACCCCUAGCCCCAUCUUAUACUGGCCUGCCACCCUGCUUCUGUGGGGUGCCUCAGAGGAGAGCAAGGUGAACCCAACUAUGGAACCGAGACACGGCUUUGACAAUACUGUUGAUCCCGUUUGGAAAAUCCAGCUAUAUGAGGAAACUGAAGUGGAGGAAUAGUGAAGAGCUCAUCCAACGUUGUAGCCCCGUAAUCAACGGGACAAAAGUUUUCUUGCUGAUGUGUCAAGAUGGCAUCAUGAACUGGUUGUUCACUGUAAACUGUAAUACAAUCCUGUUUAUGGACGUGUUUACAUAUUUUUCCCUGCAUAGGGAAGCCUUUCUUCCAUAGCUCAGAACACACUCCUAGAUCGAGCCAACAGGAGAACUUUCUGGUAAGCAUUUGGCUGAUUUUUUUUUUUUUUUUUUGAGGUGGAGUCUCCCUGUGUCACCCAGGCUGGAGUGCAGUGGCGUGAUCUUGGCUUACUGUAACCUCCACUUCCCGGGUUCAAUCAGUUGUUGUACCUCAACUUCCUGCGUAGCUGGGAUUACAGGCACCCACCACCACACCCAGCUAAUUUUUGUAUUUUUAGUAGAGACGCAGUUUCGCCAUGUUGGCCAGGCUGGUCUUGAACUCCUCAGCUCAGGUGAUCUGCCUACCUCAGCCUCCCAAAGUGCUGGGAUUACAGGUGUGAGCCACUGUGCCUGGCCUUGGCUAACUUUUCAAAAUUAACGAUUAUGACUUGUUACAGUCAUGUGAACUUUUUUUUUCUGUCUGUUUGCUGAGUUUUUGAUAAUUUAUCUCUCUCAAAGUGGAGACUUUAAAAAAGACUCAUCCGUAUGCCGUGUUCACUGCCUGGUAUCUUAGUGAGGACCGAAGCCUAAGGACCCUGAGAACGGCUGCAGAUGAAGAUGGAAAGCACCCGCUGCAAGCUGGCCAGGUACCUGGAGGACCUGGAGGAUGUGGACUUGAAGAAAUUCAAGAUGCACUUAGAGGACUAUCCUCCUCAGAAGGGCUGCAUCUCCCUCCCGAGGGGUCAGACAGAGAAGGCAGAUCAUGUGGAUCUAGCCACGCUAAUGAUUGACUUCAAUGGGGAGGAGAAGGCGUGGGCCAUGGCCGUGUGGAUCUUUGCUGCCAUCAACAGGAGAGACCUUUAUGAGAAAGCAAAAAGAGAUGAGCCGAAGUGGGGUUCAGAUAAUGCACGUGUUUCUAAUUCCACCGUGAUAUGCCAGGAAGACAGCAUUGAAGAGGAGUGGAUGGGUUUACUGGAGUACCUUUCGAGAAUCUCUAUUUGUAAAAAGAAGAAAGAUUACUGUAAGAAGUACAGAAAGUACAUGAGAAGCAGAUUCCAGUGCAUUGAAGACAGGAAUGCCCGUCUGGGUGAAAGUGUGAGCCUCAACAAACGCUACACACCACUGCGCCUCAUCAAGGAACACCGGAGCCAGCAGGAGAGGGAGCACGAGCUUCUGGCCAUCGGCAAGACCAAGACGUGGGAGAGCCCCGUGAGUCCCAUUAAGAUGGAGUUGCUGUUUGACCCCGAUGAUGAGCACUCUGAGCCUGUGCACACCGUGGUGUUCCAGGGAGCGGCAGGGAUUGGGAAAACAAUCCUGGCCAGGAAGAUUAUGUUGGACUGGGCGUCGGGAACACUCUACCAAGACAGGUUUGACUAUCUGUUCUAUAUCCACUGUCGGGAGGUAAGCCUUGUGACACAGAGGAGCCUGGGGGACCUGAUCAUGAGCUGCUGCCCUGACCCAAACCCACCCAUCCGCAAGAUCGUGAGCAAGCCCUCCAGAAUCCUCUUCCUCAUGGACGGCUUUGACGAGCUGCAGGGUGCCUUUGACGAGCACAUAGGACCGCUCUGCACUGACUGGCAGAAGGCCGAGCGGGGAGACAUUCUCCUGAGCAGCCUCAUCAGAAAGAAGCUCCUUCCUGAGGCCUCUCUGCUCAUCACCACGAGACCUGUGGCCCUGGAGAAACUGCAGCACUUGCUGGACCAUCCUCGGCAUGUGGAGAUCCUGGGUUUCUCCGAGGCCAAAAGGAAAGAAUACUUCUUCAAGUACUUCUCUGAUGAGGCCCAAGCCAGGGCAGCCUUCAGUCUGAUUCAGGAGAACGAGGUCCUCUUCACCAUGUGCUUCAUCCCCCUGGUCUGCUGGAUCGUGUGCACUGGACUGAAACAGCAGAUGGAGAGUGGCAAGAGCCUUGCCCAGACAUCCAAGACCACCACUGCGGUGUAUACCUUCUUCCUUUCCAGUUUGCUGCAGCCCCGGGGAGGGAGCCAGGAGCACCGCCUCUGCUCCCACCUCUGGGGGCUCUGCUCUUUGGCUGCAGAUGGAAUCUGGAACCAGAAAAUCCUAUUUGAGGAGUCUGACCUCAGGAAUCAUGGGCUGCAGAAGGCGGAUGUGUCUGCUUUCCUGAGGAUGAACCUGUUCCAGAAGGAAGUGGACUGCGAGAAGUUCUACAGCUUCAUCCACAUGACUUUCCAGGAGUUCUUUGCCGCCAUGUACUACCUGCUGGAAGAGGAAAAGGAAGGAAGGACCAACGUUCCAGGGAGUCGUUUGAAGCUUCCCAGCCGAGACGUGACAGUCCUUCUGGAAAACUAUGGCAAAUUCGAAAAGGGGUAUUUGAUUUUUGUUGUACGUUUCCUCUUUGGCCUGGUAAACCAGGAGAGGACUUGCUACUUGGAGAAGAAAUUAAGUUGCAAGAUCUCUCAGCAAAUCAGGCUGGAGCUGUUGAAAUGGAUUGAAGUGAAAGCCAAAGCCAAGAAGCUGCAGAUCCAGCCCAGCCAGCUGGAAUUGUUCUACUGUUUGUACGAGAUGCAGGAGGAGGACUUCGUGCAAAGGGCCAUGGACUAUUUCCCCAAGAUUGAGAUCAAUCUCUCCACCAGAAUGGAUCACGUGGUUUCUUCCUUUUGCAUUGAGAACUGUCAUCGGGUGGAGUCACUUUCCCUGGGGUUUCUCCAUAACAUGCCCAAGGAGGAAGAGGAGGAGGAAAAGGAAGGCCGACACCUUGAUAUGGUACAGUGUGUCCUCCCAGGCUCUCAUGCUGCCUGUUCCCACAGAUUGGUGAACAGUCAUCUCACUUCCAGUUUUUGCCGGGGCCUCUUUUCAGUUCUCAGCACCAGCCAGAGUCUAACUGAAUUGGACCUCAGUGACAAUUCUCUGGGGGACCCAGGGAUGAGAGUGUUGUGUGAAACGCUCCAGCAUCCUGACUGUAACAUUCGGAGAUUGUGGUUGGGGCGCUGUGGCCUCUCACAUGAGUGCUGCUUCGACAUCUCCUUGGUCCUCAGCAGCAACCAGAAGCUGGUGGAGCUGGACCUGAGCGACAACGCCCUUGGGGACUUCGGGAUCAGACUUCUGUGUGUGGGACUGAAGCACCUGUUGUGCAAUCUGAAGAAGCUCUGGCUGGUCAGCUGCUGCCUCACAUCAGCGUGUUGUCAGGAUCUUGCGUCAGUAUUGAGCACCAACUGUUCCCUGACCAGACUCUACGUGGGGGAGAAUGCCCUGGGAGACACAGGAGUCGCAAUUUUAUGUGAAAAAGCCAAGAAUCCACAAUGCAACCUGCAGAAACUGGGGUUGGUGAAUUCUGGCCUUACGUCAGUCUGUUGUUCAGCUUUGUCCUCGGUACUCAGCACUAAUCAGAAUCUCACGCACCUUUACCUGCGAGGCAACACUCUCGGAGACAAGGGGAUCAAGCUACUCUGUGAGGGACUCUUGCACCCCGACUGCAAGCUUCAGGUGUUGGAAUUAGACAACUGCAGCCUCACGUCACACUGCUGCUGGGAUCUUUCCACACUUCUGACCUCCAGCCAGAGCCUGCGAAAGCUGAGCCUAGGCAACAAUGACCUGGGCGACCUGGGGGUCAUGAUGUUCUGUGAAGUGCUGAAACAGCAGAGCUGCCUCCUGCAGAACCUGGGGUUGUCUGAAAUGUAUUUCAAUUAUGAGACCAAAAGGGCGUUAGAAACGCUUCAAGAAGAAAAGCCGGAGCUGACCAUCAUCUUUGAGCCUUCGUGGUAGGGGUGGAAGCAGGGCUGCCAGACGCCAGCGUUCUCGGGGCCCUCCAGCUGGGGGUCCUCAGGUGAAGUGAGCUGUGAUCCAUCCAGGCCAAGAGCGCAGCGCUGGGGUCGUUCCGGUGGAGUGUCGGAGAAGAGCGCUUGCCCACCAUGCCUUCGUGUGGAGAGCUGGGGCAUCUCCUUUGCGCCCGGGUGAGGAAGACACCAGGGCAAUGACAGCAUCGGAUGUUGUUCUCAUCACAGCGCCUUAGUUAGAGGAUGCUCCUCUUGGUGACCUCAUGUAAUUAGCUCGUUCAAUAAAGCACUUUCUUUGUCUUUAUUUUCUCUU